GCAAUUGGCUCUUCACCAUGGAAGUGGCGAACGCGACAUUCAGCGCGUUGAACCAGACGCAGGGCUACCUCAACGUCCUCGAAGAGGUCGGCAAAUACAAUGUCCACCUCAACUACUUUGAGCGCCUCUGGGCUGCUUGGUACCUCUACAUGCAGAACGACACUCUGGCGACCGGCAUCAUGAGCUUCGUCAUGCACGAGGUCAUCUACUUUGGCCGCUGCAUCCCCUUCAUCAUCAUGGACCAGAUUCCCUUCUUCCACAAGUACAAGAUUCAGAGCCAGAAGAUGCCGACCCUCAAGGAGCAGUGGGACUGCGCUUCCAUCGUCCUCAUCAGCCACUUCACCGCCGAACUGCCUCAGAUCUGGUUCUUCCACCCCAUCGCCACCUACUUCGGCAUGGACUACAGCGUCCCCUUCCCCUCGCUCUUCACCAUGGCCUGGCAGAUUGCCAUCCUCUUCGUCAUGGAGGAUACCUGGCACUACUGGUUCCACCGCGCGCUUCACUACGGCCCUCUCUACAGGAGCAUCCACAAGAUGCACCACCUCUACUCCGCUCCCUUUGGCCUGGCCGCCGAGUAUGCUUCGCCCAUCGAGACCGCUCUCCUCGGCAUUGGCGUUGUCGGAUCUCCCAUCCUCCUCCUGGCCAUCACCGGCGAGCUUCACCUGCUCACCAUGUACGCCUGGAUCACCCUCCGUCUCCUGCAGGCCAUCGACGCCCACAGCGGCUACGAGUUCCCCUGGAGCUUACGCCACUUCCUCCCCGUCUGGGCCGGUGCCGACCACCACGACAUGCACCACGAGAAGUUCAUUGGCAACUACGCUUCCAGCUUCCGCUGGUGGGACUACAUGCUCGACACCGAGGCCGGUGCCGAGGCCCACAAGAGGCGCCGCGAGAAGAAGAUGGCUCAGAUGAAGGCCAAGAAGGCUCAGUAA